AUGGAGAUCAAGGACCUGGAUCACGACUGCUUUCUAGUCAAAUUGGACAACGAACAAGACUAUUUCCGGGCUCUGACGGACGGGCCAUGGGUAAUCUUUGAUCACUACCUGGUUGUCCAGCAGUGGACUCCAAAAUUCAAGGCCUCUGAUCCCCUCCCGAAGACCAUGAUCGUCUGGGUACAGCUCCCGGCUUUGAAAAUUCACUUUUACCACAAAGAGGUGGUGACAACGAUUGGUAACCUGAUCGGGAGGACAAUCAAGCUCGAUUAUCAUACCCUCACUCAACAACGUGCGAAAUUCGCGAGGCUAGCGGUGGAGGUUGAUCUUUCGAAACAUUUGGUUCCGCGAAUUUGGCUGGAUGACGCUUGGCAAAGAGUGGAAUAUGAAAACCUUCCAGAGGUGUGCUUCGAGUGUGGAAAAAUUGGGCAUUGCUUUGCCUCCUGUCCUCUUCUCAAUCCUGCAGGUUUGCCGGUUUCAGCAGUGGCCGCCGGCGGGGAGGCGUCGACCGGAUCGCCGUCCGGCGAAGAAGACCCCAACCCGGGUUUCGGGCCAUGGAUGUUGGUCUCCAGGAAAUCACGGCGGCACUCACGGGAGGGACAAGGUCGAGGGAUUCUGGAUCGCGAUGCCGGCGCACAAAUCACGGGGUCGGGAGCUAAACAGGGUAAGCGCGGUACAGGAGGGAAGGACGGGAAUCAUGACUUACCUUCCCAAUCCCUCAACAACGGUCUCUGGACUCAUCGAUUUCAAGCUCAAGAAAGGAAUGUCUCUCCAGGGAAGAAGAACAAUGAUGGGGUCAAGAAAGGUAACGAGAAGAAGGAGAAGGAUGUUGGGGGUAAAGGGAAAGGGCUGUUGGGCCCAGGGCCGGAUAUGCCCGAGCCCAAACCUAGCAGGCCGAAGCCCAGGGCUGCGGGGGACGAGGCCUCGACUUCAGCCCAGCAAAGCCGAACCCCUUCUCAUUCAGCAACAACUCCGGCCCGAACUCCAAAGGAACUUAAAGGCCUGGUUAUCCAAGAGCCCACGGGGCAAUCUCUUCCGCCUCUUACGACCAAAACGGUGACGGGUCAAAACGGAACCGUCUUGCAGAUUGUCGAAGUUCCCAAAACUUCGAAGGAAAAUGUCGACCCAAAUCUCGCCUCUGUCCCGUCUCUCGCAGUUCGAACCAAAAGCAGUAAAUCGAAGAGCUCCCAGCACAAGAAAUCCUCCACGAAGCUCAAUUCCGCGAAGCCUCUCCAGAUUUGGUCGCCGAUUAAAGACCGGAAACCCAAGUCCAAAGCUCGGGCGGCGAUGCUUACUCUGCAAGAGAUCAAUGCCUGGACAGAGGCAGCGAGAAAUUCUGCAGGGGAGGUAGGGGGAAAGGCUUCUUCUCCUCGAACUGAUUGUGACCCACUGACGGAAUCCCAGGCCGCGGCGACAUCGCCGCAGUCGUAA